AGAGCAGCAGCACCACCAGACCAGACACAGCGACCUCUGGACUGGACCCCCGCUCUUCCUCGCCGGAUGUCUGUGAACCCCGAUGCUGCCCCCCUCCGCCGGCAUCCUGCCGCCGCCUCCCUCCCUCCCCGCUGCUAGCCCCUCCCCGUCCUACUCCUUCCGCCCUCUCCGCCGAUGCCUGCCCGUCCCCAGAGCCGCCGCCGCCGAUGCCUCUCCUCCCAAUCCCAAUCCCUCUCCCUCGACCCCCGCCUUCUCCGAACAGGACCAGCUCGCCCGCCCCUUCGCGCCCUUACAAGCACAAGUAGAGGACCCGCUCGUCUCCAAGCUUCGCACCCAGCUCGGCGUCAUCCACCCGCUCCCCGCGCCCCCCGUCAGCCGCUCCGUCAUCGCCCUCUUCGCCCUCUUCUUCUUCGUCGGCGCCGCCUUCGACAAGCUCUGGACGCUGCGCAAGCGCCGCCGCGCCGAGCGCGAGCUCAAGGUCAACGGCUCAUGGCCGCAGGUCCCCACCCCCAGCUUCUCCCUCUUCCUCGAGGACAAGGACCUCCAGCGCAAGGAGUCCGUCGAGUGGGUCAACAUGGUCCUCGGCAAGCUAUGGAAGGUCUACCGCACAGGCAUCGAGAACUGGAUCGUCGGCCUGCUCCAGCCAGUCAUCGACAACCUCCACAAACCCGAUUACGUCAACAGGGUCGAGAUCAGGCAGUUCUACCUCGGCGAGGAGCCGCUCUCCGUCAGGAACGUCGAGCGCCGGACCUCAAGGCGGGCAAACGACCUGCAGUACCAAAUAGGCAUUCGCUAUGCCGGUGGAGCACGCAUGGCUCUGGCGCUCUCCCUAAAGUUUACCAAAGUACCAGUCGUCGUGCCAGUUUGGGUUCGAGAUUUCGACAUUGAUGGCGAGUUGUGGGUUAAGCUAAGGCUCAUACCAACAGAACCAUGGGUGGGAGCUGUAUCUUGGGCUUUUGUAUCCCUUCCAAAGAUUAAGUUUGAGCUCUCACUCUUCCGCCUAUUCAAUCUUAUGGCUAUUCCUGUUCUGUCAAUGUUUCUCACAAAACUUCUGACAGAAGAUUUGCCACGUCUCUUUGUGCGGCCCAAAAAGAUAGUCCUUGAUUUUCAGCAGGGAAGAGCUAUGGGACCUGUUUCAGGAAGUGUUGCAAGUGACAUAAUUCAAAAUGUUGCAAGUGACAUAAUUCAAGAUGGAAACAAGGACUUUGUUGGAGAGCUAUCAGUGACGCUAGUUGAUGCUAGAAAGCUUAGUUUCGUCCUAUUUGGCAAGACCGACCCUUAUGUUGUCAUGAUUCUUGGUGACCAAGUCAUAAAGAGCAAGAAGAACAGUCAAACAACUGUGAUUGGGCUACCAGGAGAACCAAUUUGGAAUCAAGAUUUUCAUCUACUUGUUGGAAAUCCUCGCAAACAGAAGUUGACCAUUCAAGUGAAGGAUUCAAUUGGUCUAACUGACAUCACUAUUGGCACUGGGGAGGUUGAGUUGGGGUCACUGAAAGAUACAGUUCCGACUGACAAAAUUGUAACUUUAUAUGGCGGAUGGGGCUUGUUCGGGAAACGAACAGCUGGGGAAGUGCUACUUCGGUUGACAUACAAGGCGUACGUUGAGGACGAGGAAGAUGAGGCGGUGAGAAGCGAGUUUGGUGGCGGUUACGUCUCAGACGAGGAUAUGCUGGAUUAUGUCCAAGGUGACAUGAGUAAGGGCAGUGACUUUUUGGGUAAAGAAAGAGAAACAUUCAUGGAUCUACUUGCUGCACUGCUUGUCAGUGAGGAAUUCCAAGGUAUAGUGUCUUCGGAAACGGGAAGCUCAAGAGAUCCUGAGCAGGCGGGCAGUGGAUCAGGAAGCGCGGUUCCUGCGGCAGCUGAUUCUGAGACUGUAUCUAAUACUAGCUCCACAGAUACGGCUCUAGUGUGGCUCGCGGCCAUAACAAGUGUGAUGGUGCUCGUGUCCUCCAACCUUGGUGCUUCAGGCUACUUCAACCCUUGAUGAUGAAGCUAGUCAUCAUGAUUAAUGGGGUCGUUGGAGCUGCUUAGAUUAGCGAAGCAAUCGAUCCAUCCAUCCAUCCGGCUUCAAUUUUCUAACAUUACUGCUCUGCUUGGUUGUAAUUUAGCGUUCCAUUAAGAGCUGAGGUGAGCUGAGUGGUUGUAAAUGGCCAUGAGAAAUCAGCUGAGUGGUUGUAAAUGGCCAUGAGAAAUCAUGUUUCUUCUCUCUUUUUCCCCCCCACAUCCUUCCGGCAAGUGUAUAUUCAUCCCAUGUAGCAGAGGAAUGCAAUGGACCGGACCCAAUGGGUUGUUGGCGGCUCCCUCUUGUUGUUCGUUGUUGUUCUUCUGUUGUUGUGUUUUGAUUGCCAAAUUGGCCUGCGCCAAGAGAAGGGGAAAAAAAACAAGUCUAAAA